AUGUCCGGUGGUAUUCCUUACAGCAGAGACGUUUCUUUGGCGACCCCAGCGCCAACGGAGCACCGGCAGUGGGCCUCGGAACUCCACGUGACGCUCUCAUGCGCCAGCACGGCCUUCGGCCUCGUCAGCUCCUGGCGUUUGCCGGCGCUGCUCUACGAGAACGGUGGAGGACCGUUCCUGCUGGCAUACUCUGUACUCCUGCCGGUGCAGGGCUACCCACUACUCUACCUGGAGCUGGUGCUGGGACAUUACGCCCGCCUCGGUCCAGGCGCACUCACGCGCUGCUUGCCCAUUGCCAAAGGUGUCGAAGUGAGCAUGGCCCUGGUGUGUGCGUGCGCCACGGCCUCCAUGGGCGCGGUGAUGGCUGAGGCCGUGCUGCACCUGCUGCUCGCAUUCUCCGAGCUUCCUCCCCGCUGGGCCGGCUGCCAAGGCUUCUGGGAGAAUAGGCCCCUAGAGACCUGCUUUCGCCCUGGUUCCAGGGUACUGCCCAUAGCUAUGAUCGCGCUGUUGACGCUCGGCACCGCGUGGCUGGUGGGUGCUGGCCGUGGUCUACUAUACCUGUUCUUGCCGCGCCUCACCGACAUCGUCAAGCCGGUGCUAUGGUCUCGCGCCGCGGAGCAGGUGCUGCUUGCGCUGGGUCUGGCGCAUGGGCCAGCGCUUGUCAGUGGAAGCUACUGCCGUGAAAUGCGCGACGUGCAUAGGAUGGUGACGAUCAUUCUGGCGCUCACGAUAGGCUCCAGUCUUCUCUACUCGAUCAUCGUCUUCUCGACCCUUGGUUCUCUCGCCUGGGAGACUAACACACCUGUGGAACAUGCUCUACACUCAGGUCAAGGCGCCAUGUUUGUUGCCCUCAACAGCUACUCGGUGCACUGGGCCUAUUCGGGCGCCUCUUCUUUUUCCUCGUUCUCGUCUUGGGCCACCCUGUUAGAGUCUGCGCUGACGCACUGGGUAGACACACUCCCGGAUAUGGUACCCCGGAAGCCAGCUCUAGCCAUGGCCCAUUGUGCAGUAGGAUUCAUGGCGGGCCUGCCACUGGUGUCGCGUCAAGCGGGACUACAACUGCUGCAUCUGGUCAACGCCCAAGUGCUCGGGCCCUUGCUGGCGUACACUGCAUUUUGCGAGGUGGCCGCUGUUUCCUGGUUCUAUGGUACCUUCGUGCCUUCGGACGCUUUCUUUAUUUGGUUACUCUCUUGCUGUGAAUCGAGCAUGACGAGUCGCUGCCUGGUGCCGUCAUCCCUGAUGGAGCUGCACCAACUCUCUGCAUCGGACGGCGGACCUGCAGUGGAGACAUUGCAUCCCCAGAGGGCAGCACCUUCUCCUUACGGCUGCUUUUGA